CCUGUCCGCCCUGUCCCUCCGGGUCCCUCCGAGCGCUGCGAACACACGAGAGACCCGAGGACCUCGGGCGGCCCGCGGACAACCGCGCUGGGCGCUUCUCGGCGGUCCGGGACCCGGUGAGGCCCAGCGUGAGAGUAUUUGGAACAGUGACCGCCCUCUGGUGGUGAGCCAGAAUCAUCACUUUUUGUGACCUAAGGGUUACCAAAAUGUCCACUUUUGGCACACAUAGUACACUCUAGCAGCAGGGGACCCAUUGAAGGAUGUCUGAUGUUGGAGUAUGUCUGAUGAAGGAGCCUAAUGAAGUAAGCCUUUGCUUCCAUCCGAAUUUGUCAUUUAUUCCGGAUUUCAGCCAGAAGCCAGCUCCAAAAUGGGGCUUCUGAAGAAAAGACUGGAGUUGCUUUUGUGUUUCAAAGGUCUGCCUCCCUUACCAGUGGAUGACUAAGACUGUGAAUAAGUACACACCAAGAGGGCAUGUGGUGACAUGGAGCCUGAAAUAAACUGCUCUGAAUUUUGUGACAGUUUUCCUGGCCAGGAGCUGGAUCAGAGACCCCUUCAAGAUCUCUGCAGGACAACAAUUACCUCUUCCCAGCAUAGCAGUAAGACGGUCCCUUCAUUGUCUCCUGCCCUCUUGGGUGUUAUUUGGACUUUUCUCAGCUGUGGACUACUUUUGAUACUCUUCUUCCUUGCCUUCACAAUUCGCUGCAGGAAGAACAGGAUUGUGAAGAUGUCCAGUCCCAAUCUGAACAUUGUGACCUUACUGGGCAGUUGUCUGACUUACAGUAGUGCUUAUCUCUUUGGGAUUCAAGAUGUUUUUGCAGGGAGUUCAAUGGAAACUCUCAUUCAGAUAAGACUGUCUCUGCUGUGCAUUGGGACCUCCCUUGUGUUUGGCCCUGUUCUGGGGAAGAGCUGGCGACUCUACAAGGUGUUUACCCAGAGAGUACCAGACAAGAGAGUGAUUAUCAAAGACCUGCAGUUGCUGGGGUUGGUGGCAGCCCUGGUGAUGGCCGAUGUGAUCCUGCUCAUGACAUGGGUGCUGACUGAUCCCAUUCAGUGCCUCCAGAUCCUCGGUGUCAGCAUGACGGUGACAGGGAGAGAUGUGUCCUGCUCUUUCACCAACACACACUUCUGUGCUUCACGGUACUCUGAUGUCUGGAUUGCUCUCGUUUUGGGAUGCAAGGGACUGUUCUUGCUGUAUGGUGCCUACCUGGCUGGCCUGACAGACCACGUCAGCUCUCCUCCUGUGAAUCAGUCCCUAACAAUCAUGGUUGGGGUCAACCUCCUGGUACUGGCUGCAGGGCUGCUCUUUGUAGUCACCAGAUACUUGCACUCCUGGCCCAACCUCGUCUUUGGACUCACAUCUGGAGGCAUCUUUGUUUGCACAACCACAAUCAACUGCUUCAUCUUCAUUCCUCAGCUGAAGCAAUGGAAGGCAUUUGAAGGGGAAAACCAAACAAUCAGACACAUGGCCAAAUAUUUCAGUACUCCCAGCAAAAGCUUGCAUACCCAGUUUGGUGACGAACAGACCUGCCACCUGAGAGGAGAGAAGAGCUCCAUGGAGAGGCUCCUCACAGAAAAAAAUGCUGUGAUUGAAAGCCUGCAGGAACAAGUAAACAAUGCCAAAGAGAAGCUGGUGCGGCUGAUGUCUGCUGAGUGCACCUAUGACACCCCAGAGUGGGCUGUCCCACCCACCUCUUUCCAGGGCCAGGAUGCCCCAGCUGCAGCCUCUGCUCAUGACCUGGCAGCUCAGGGACCUUCAGAAUGCCCCUCUGCCUCUCAGGAUGAUGUGGGCAAAGCUACCCAAGACUCCCAGUGCACCUCAGCAUCCUCCCCACACAUGCAGAGCCUCAGGACACCUGCAAGGGACACCAGCUCCUCCCCAGGCCAGAAAAUGCCUGACUUGAAAGACUUUUAUGAUCAUCCAGACUCGGGUUGUAGCCAGAAGCCACAGGCUGAGCAAAGACAAAGUCCAGAAAGAGAAGACCAGGGACCUGAGGCCUCCAGCCAGAGUGUCGUACUAAGUGGAGGGGCCUCUGGUCUCCAGAGACAAAGGCAGGGCUCAGAGGCUUCCCCAGAGAGAGUACCUGGGGUCAGUUCAGCAGUCAGAGAAAAGCUUCAGGAAGUCUUACAAGAACUGGACCUGGGCCCUGAGGCUCCCCUCUCUGCCUCCCCAUCUCGUCCUCUGCAGCUCUGGAAAAGCAGUGCUGCCCACAGUCCCCAAAAGAUGCCCCUUUCCAGGGAGCUGGGCUUCAGCCCAUACAUAGUGAGGAGGAGGCGGGCAGCUCAGCGGGCCCGCUCACACUUUUCUGGCUCUGUACCCUCCUAUGUGUGGCGUCAGGCAGACAGGACUGUUUAUGGGGCACACAGUGGGCUGAACGUGCAGAGUGGGGACAACCGCAGGCUGUACCUCCAAACUGCUGAUUCUAAGGUACGAAGGCUUUCUUCCAGGAAGCCUUUACUACUCCCAGAUCCUCAAGGGGGGCCAGGGCCCCUGGAGGGCAGCAAACACCGGACAGAGCCCCAGGGGGCUGAAGAGAGCCAAGCAGCCUUUCCUCACCAGCCUUCUGCCUCUGCUCAGGCACAGAGUCCCACUGCCCCACGCCUUCCCCGCUCACCAGACCUGCCUGAGCAGCAGCGGCUUCGGCCCCCAGGUUACCCUGGCUGUCCCUUCCUGUCUUCUCAGUGCAACUACCUUGACACUGAGUCCAGCAGCUCAGAUGAGUUCUUCUGCCGCUGCCACCGACCCUACUGUGAGAUCUGUUUCCAGAGCUCUUCUGACUCCAGUGACAGUGGCACAUCAGACACUGAUUCUGAACCUGCUGGGGGGCUGAUCUCCUGGGAAAAACUGUGGGCCCGUUCCAAGCCCAUUGUGAACUUCAAAGAUGACUUGAAACCCACGCUGGUAUAAACAUCAGCAGGGUUUGGUCUGGAUAUAAAGGUCAGACCAGCUGGAGCCUACAGGAGGAAAGCCAGAUCCUGGUUUGGGGAACAGACCUGAGCAGCUCUGUGUUUGAGCUGUGCUCUCUGUUACCUUAAGAACUUCUUGAUCAUACAGGGAGAUAUUACCUGUCUUGCUACUACCUCACAGCAUGACUGUCAAUGACUCCAGUUGAGUGACUAGAAGAUACCAACUCCUUGAAUAAAAAGAGCUAAGUGAGCACAUGGAGUUUUCUGUCCAGGUCAGCCUGCAUUCUACAAAAUUCUUAAUAUACCACCAGGUGGAUGACCGGAUGGACAGGAAAAUGGAGAGAUUUCUGCAAAAUUUAAGUUGUAGACUGUGACCCAUCAAACUGACCUUUUGAUGAACACAUCUUCCAGGAGAAUAAAUCUCCUAUGCCAGGCAUCCCAGCUAUUUAGGAGGCUAAGGCAGGAGGAUUUCGAGUUCAGGCCCAGCCUGGGCAACUUAGUGAAGACUUCAGCAACUUAGUAAGAUCCUGUCUCAAAAUAAAAAUAAAAAGGGAUAUGGCUUGAUCGUGGAGCACCUCUGGGUUCAAUGCCCAGUAUCAACAAACAAACAAACAAAAAACAGAUGAAUCUUCUACAUCUUUGGUCCUUUCAAACCUGGAGGGUGGGUUUCUUUCUACUGAAGGUUGUAAACUUCACCACCCAUGGAUUCCAGCUUCUAAUCAGACGCACCCCAGAGGGUCCACCUAGCCCCACUGUUCCUUUUCCUUUCCAUCCACCAUCAAUGGCAUCUCACCCGCCAUCAUCCCCAAGAUAGUCCGGUCUCCAUGUGCCCACAGGUGACCCAGUUCUCUUUCCUGGACUAAAUUAGUACCAGAGACCAGGAGUGUCUUCUGACCCUGAAGCCCACCCCCUGACUCUCCCAGUGCUGCAGUGACGUGCUGGGAAGCACAUGCAAUUUCUGUUGGGAUAGGGAGGCCCUGCUGGCCGAGAGGUACUUGAGUCUUAUUGGGUUUACAUGACCAUCAAAGAUAUAGAAACCUGGAAACAAAAUGGGGAUGGAGAGAGAGAGAAAUGGAUGACAAGAAGGCUAGAAAGAAAACAGGCUGUGAAAAUUUCACUUGAGUCUGACUCAAAUUUCAGUAAUUCCCACGAUCAUCCCGUGAAGUAGACACUCUUAUUUUUACAAAUGGGGACUAUGAGGCUUAGAUAAAUGAGAUGAUUUCCCCAGUAUCACGCUGUUGGAGAACUGACACACAGCUCCUGAGACUCCACGUUGGUGGAUUUCCCUAGGGACACGUCCUUCACUCAGUCUUCUGUUAGUGGCAGGUGAGGCUCGUCAGGCAGACAAUCAAGCCAGGGUGGUGUGAGAAGCUGAGAUGGGCUCACCCCACAGUCCAGGGUAACAAAACUGGGUCUCUCCCUCCCUCUGGAAGCAGGCCUCCACUUCCUCCCUGCUGCAGGGCACACCUGCACCUCUGAGGGACUCAGAGAAUUGGUAAAGGACAAGUGCCAGGAGCUCAUCCACCACCAAAGCCACAGGGAGAACACAGCUGGGUCCACUUUGCUUGAUGCUGAACUGGUUGAUGUUUACAGGCUGUCCCCUGCUCCCGCGCCCACGCAGGUGUCUGUGGGUGUGCACAGGUUUUCAUGAAGGAGUUUGGGCCUCAGAAAGGAAUGUUGGGCACUAAAUUUCUCACAGAUUUAUCACAGACUCUAGUGGCCUGCAGAUACCUCAUGACCCCUCUGAUGCUGGACUUCCUGUAGGCCCUCCUGGUAGCACAGCUUCUUUUAUUGCCUACUUUUAAAUACAAAUUUCAUAAUUUAUUCUGUGUGUGGGUUUGUAGUUUCUGUGUGUGCUGUCAAGUGGUGCCUUAAUAAAAACAAACAAAAAGGAAUGACUCCCAA